AUCGUUGUUGUUCAAUUUCAUGUAAUAAGUGUUUUUAUUUGUGUGUGCCAAUGGGCCCUACUAAUUAGGGAGCAGUUUUUCAGAUAGAUAUUUUGUUACCUGAUCGAUAAUUCGUCUAAUCAGUGAAGUACUGGGCCAUUCGCAUCACACUCCCCAACGCUCCUUUCGAAUCGCCAUUUCUGCAGAGUAAUUGUUGAAUCGGAUGAUUACUGAUUCUGCGCCCCCCAUUUUCCCACCGGAUAGGCCAUUCCUGAAGAGAUAGAUACAGAGAUUAGAGAGAGAGGAGGAAGGAUUUUUUUUUUUUUUUUUUUUUUACCUUAGGUUAAAAUUGUAGAAGGGUUUGCUUUAAUGGCGUCGAUGGGAGCCUUCUCCACCGGAUUCGACACAGCAAUACUCCUCAACAGAGCGAAGACUCCGGUGCUCGGAUUCCGGCCGAGAACCGGCGAUAAAAUUGGGGGUUUUUCCGAUUGCAGUACGGCAGGGGUUUCUAGGAAUUUGAAAGAGGAAAUUUGGGGAGGAGUCGGACUGUCUCUGUCCAAUGGACCGAGAAACCGGCGGCGAAGGUGGGCGGAGGAGCGGCGGCCAAAAGCCGCCGGAGAAGAAACCGGAGGAGCAGAAACCGGCGGCGAAUCAGAAGACGCCGUUCAAGCCACCAUAGAAAAGGGGAAAAAGGUUCUUGCUAUGCAAAGAAACCUUUUACAGCAGAUAGAAGAAAGGAAGAAGCUAGUCUCAUCGAUCAAAAGUAGUAUAAUUGAUCCAGAAAUCCUCGAAAAGCCUUCUUCGGAGGCUAAUGCCUCUGUUUCCGGAACUCCCGGUACCUCUGGAACGGAGCCGGGAAGUACCCUUCCGGCAAAUGGGACUUCUUUUGGUGCCGGCCCCCAAGAACAGCUCAAAACCAUUACACCUCGGGGUGUUGAGCCAAAGGAAGCGCCGCCAUCACAGCCUUCGAAAUCGUCUGCAACGCCAAGUUCCGAGCCUGCUUCAAGGACACUUCCAAAUGAAGAUUCGAGGAAAUUUUUGAAUGAUAUUACUUUUAACACAGCAACGUUAUCUAACAUACCAUUCGUCAAAAAAGAUGAGAAACAAGGCGAGAAGAAAGUAAAUGUGGAGGAUACGGUUGUUGUCGAAGGACCUGCCGAAGAAGUCAUCAAACCUCCUCCGCUUGCUGGGGUCAAUGUGAUGAACAUAAUAUUGGUAGCUGCUGAAUGCGCACCCUGGUACAAAACAGGUGGACUUGGAGAUGUUGCUGGCGCUUUACCAAAGGCCUUAGCAAGGCGCGGACACAGAGUCAUGGUUGUUAUCCCUCGAUAUGGAGACUAUGCUGAAGCUCAGGAUUUAGGGGUUCGGAAGAGAUAUAAAGUGCACGGACAGGAUCACGAAGUUAAUUUCUACCACGCGUACAUUGAUGGUGUCGAUUUUGUUUUUGUUGAUAGCCCCUCGUUUCGUCACAUGGGCAAUAAAAUUUACGGAGGAAAUCGCGAGGAGAUUCUGAAGCGCAUGGUUCUCUUCUGCAAGGCUGCUGUCGAGGUUCCGUGGCAUGUUCCUUGUGGCGGGGUGUGCUACGGAGAUGGAAAUUUAGUUUUCAUCGCCAAUGACUGGCACACGGCGUUAUUGCCCGUCUACUUAAAGGCGUAUUAUCGGGACAACGGGCUGAUGAAAUACGCGAGAUCCGUACUCGUCAUCCACAAUAUAGCUCAUCAGGGCCGUGGUCCCGUCGAGGAUUUUUGGUAUGUCGAUCUUCCCGAACACUACAUGGAUCUUUUCAAGCUGUACGAUCCGAUCGGAGGAGAACACUUCAACAUCUUCGCCGCGGGUUUAAAGACUGCGGAUCGUAUUGUCACGGUAAGUCAUGGAUACGCUUGGGAGGUAAAGACGUCGGAAGGCGGAUGGGGUUUACACGGGAUCAUCAACGAACACGACUGGAAGCUGCGUGGAAUCGUGAACGGGAUCGACACAAACGAUUGGAGUCCCGAGCUAGACGUGCACCUGCAAUCGGACGGAUAUGUAAACUACUCGAUCGACACCCUAAAAACGGGCAAGGCUCAGUGCAAAGCAGCGCUGCAAAACGAGCUCGGCCUGCCGGUUAAAAGUGACGCUCCGCUGAUCGGUUUCAUCGGGAGACUCGACCACCAAAAAGGCGUCGAUCUUAUCGCCGAAGCCAUUCCCUGGAUGAUGGGCCAGAACGUGCAGCUGGUGAUGCUCGGCACCGGCAGGCCCGAUCUCGAAGACAUGCUUCGGAAGUUCGAGGGACAGUACAACGACAAAGCCAGAGGGUGGGUAGGUUUCUCGGUGAAAACGGCUCACCGCAUAACUGCUGGCGCCGACAUACUCCUGAUGCCGUCAAGAUUCGAGCCUUGCGGGCUAAACCAACUCUACGCAAUGCGAUACGGGACGAUCCCCGUAGUUCAUUCAGUCGGCGGGCUACGAGACACAGUAAUGCCAUUCAACCCGUACGAGGAAUCCGGGGUGGGGUGGACAUUUCCCCGAGCAGAUGCGAACGAACUUAUACACGCUUUGGGGAACUGUUUGACGACUUACCGGCAGUACAAGCCGAGCUGGGAGGGGCUGCAACGGCGCGGGAUGUCGCAGGAUCUCAGCUGGGACAAUGCUGCUCAGCAUUACGAGGAAGUUCUUCUAGCUGCAAAAUAUCAAUGGUGAAAUUAGUAAGAUAAGUAGAAGAGAUGGGAGUAUUGUGAUCUUAUUUUGCUCUACAUCAAUAAAUCUCUAUCAUUGAGGUUCAA